AUGUUUACAGACAAGGAGACGAAAUCAUCAGCAGUCUCUUGUGAUGCAGCUGUUCUUACUGGUCCUCGAGGUCUUCCUGGUCCUGUGGGUCAGAGAGGCAUGCCUGGGGUAGCAGGAACACAAGGCUUGUCAGGCUUACAAGGUUUACCAGGAGCAUUUGGAAAGACGGGAGAUCCAGGUCCGGUUGGCCCACAAGGUCUUCCUGGUCGUGUUGGCCCAGCAGGUCAGAAAGGGUCAAUUGGUCUGUCUGGUGAGAAGGGUGUACCUGGAGUGAGAGGCAAGGCUGGACCAAAAGGAGAAAAAGGCAACAUUGGAUUGCGAGGUUUUGUUGGAUUGAAAGGAGAACGAGGUGACGUAGGACCAAAAGGUGAAAAUGGAGUAAAAGGAGAAGUUGGUCGGAGAGGAGAUGAAGGUAUUGAAGGUCCAGUGGGUCCAAGAGGUUUACAAGGAGUUAGAGGAUUUCCUGGAUCCAAAGGAGAGAAAGGUUCACAAGGUUUGCAAGGCAUUCCUGGAUUAACUCCACUUUCUGAAAUAAAGAAACUUGAACGUUUGGUGACAAAAUUAUACAAUGAACUGAAGGUUUCUUGAGUUUCAUAUGGUGAUGAAGCUGGUACAUGCAACAUGAGCAAAUCAGGUUAUCUGUUCUACCACAAUACUAAUAAAUCGCUGCUAUAUUUUGUGAUUCUGAGCAGUGGGUUGAGCUUAGAUCAUGGAAAUCAUAUGAAUCUUGUUCUGCUGUUGAACAUAAGAUCAACUCUAUUCAGUUUGUGCAGAGAGUCAAUUCUCU